CCUGGCUGGAUGGUGGCAACACAGGACGCGUUUUGGGUUUGGCCUCACCAGUCUGGUUUCUUCCCCUGGGUAUCUGUCUCCAGGGCUUGCACCUGGAGCUGGAAGGAAACCACCAGCUGCGGCCAUUUCAAGGCUCCACGUGCUGCAGCGGGGCGGCUGCACGCUGAGUCAGGCGGUACUUAAACAGUCGGCCGGGCUGCAGUAAGUGGUUUGGCCCCCUUCGGAGGGCCGGCUCCGGCUCAAGGCCCGCCUCCCCGUGGGAUUGGAGGCCCGCUGGCCCGCCCGGCACUCCACGAGACCGGCGGGAGGCGGCGCGCUCGGCCCCGGCGGCGAGCACACAGAGGCCGGGUCAGUCUGCUUUUCUACAAGUGGGAUCGGAGGAUCUGGGGUGAGCCCAGCAGGUGUGCGGCCCACUCGCUCCUUGCCGGGGUCCGCUCGGCGCCGAAGUGAUGCCACCAAGAAGAAAUGAGAAAUAUAAACUUCCAGUUCCACUUCCAGAAGGAAAAGUUCUGGAUGAUACGGAAGGAAAGCAGUGGGUGCUGGGCAAGAAGAUCGGCUCUGGAGGAUUUGGAUUGAUCUAUUUAGCUUUCCCUGCAGAUAAGCCAGACAGGGAUGCGAGACAUGUAAUAAAAGUGGAAUAUCAAGAAAAUGGCCCAUUGUUUUCAGAACUGAAAUUUUAUCAGAGAGCUGCAAAAAAAGAUUGUAUCAAAAAGUGGAUAGAACGCAAACACCUUGAUUAUUUAGGAAUUCCACUGUUUUAUGGAUCUGGUCUGACUGAAUUCAAUGGAAGAAGUUACAGGUUUAUGGUAAUAGAAAGACUUGGAAUGGAUUUACAGAAGUUUUCAGAUCAAAAUGGUACUUUUAAAAAGUCAACUGUGCUACAACUAGGUAUCCGAAUGUUGGAUGUGCUGGAGUACAUACAUGAAAAUGAAUACGUUCAUGGUGAUAUAAAAGCAGCAAAUCUACUUAUGGGUUACAAAAAUCCACACUGGGUUUAUCUUGCAGACUAUGGACUUUCUUACAGAUACUGUCCCAAUGGGAACCACAAACAGUACCAGGAAAAUCCUCGAAAAGGCCAUAAUGGGACAAUAGAGUUUACCAGCUUGGAUGCUCAUAAGGGAGUGGCCCUGUCCAGACGAAGUGACGUUGAAAUCCUUGGCUACUGCAUGCUACGGUGGUUAUGUGGGAAACUUCCCUGGGAACAGAACCUGAAGGAUCCUGUGGCUGUCCAGACUGCUAAAACAAAUCUGCUGGAUGAACUCCCCGAAUCUGUGCUCAAAUGGGCUCCUUCUGGAAGCAGUUGCCGUGAAAUAGCCCAGUUUUUGGUCUGUGUUCAUAGUUUAGCAUACAAUGAAAAGCCAGACUAUCAGAUGCUCAAGAAGACCCUGAACCCAGGCGGCAUACCUUUGGGACUACUGGAGUUUCCUACUGUGGAUCGAAGUGUCUGUGCUCCGGCUCCAAAGGAACACAAAGUCAAUUCACAAAGGACUGCAACAAAGCAAGUCAAUCAGGCGGCAGCUAGAUUAGUACAAAAAGUCCACAGUGAGAGAAGUGUUGAGUCCCGCAUGACUUCAGGACCAGAACAAAGAGAGAAGGUGCUUGCAUCGGUGGACAAUGAAACAGCUCAGGAAGGCAUACGGAAAAGGCAAAAAUACUAUGAAUCUCAAGAGCUUUUGCAUGAAGUAAACAAUGUCCCACAAAAAUUGGACUGUCUCCAAUUCCCAAAUCCAUUUUAUGAAACCCAUGAAGAAUGUACUGGUCCAGGUAAAUUCAGCAAGUCCGGAUCUGCAUCCUGGGAUACGUACCCUUCCACAUCUGGGAUGGGGGUCAGUGAUGUAGAAAGUUCUACAGGUGUCUGGCCUGUGCUUUCCCAGCUGACUCUCAGUGAAGAGGGAAAGGCAGAGGUGUACUAUUAUGGCUUCAUCAUCAUUCUCCUGCUGCUGCUGGUAUGUCUUGCUUUGUAUUUUCUCUAA